ACAGACACACCCAGACAUACACAAGUAUAUAAGGCGAUUGACGGUGCACCUGAAGGCUGACCACUAAACAGGUGUUAGGUAGAGUCACAAAAACAACAGGAGGAUGGAAGAAAAGGGAGCAGAGAAUGGAGUGGCGAAUAUGGCAGCCAUCUGGCAGGGAUUUGAUCCUGUAGCGUAUCUGCAGAAUGAAUACACUCCACCACAGGCUGAUUUUGAAAGAAAGGACAGCCAUGUGUCAUGGAGACUGGGAUGCCUGCAUAGAGCUUUCACUGAAGGCAAUGUGAGUGGUGAGCUGCUGGUGGACAUAGGUUCAGGUCCCACCUUGCACCAGGUGAUGAGUGGCUGUGAGGCUUUCAACAAGGUGCUCCUCACAGAUUUCCUGGAGGUCAACAGGCAGGAGCUGAGGUGCUGGCUCCAGGACGAGGGAGGCUGCAGCAUGGACUGGACACCCUUCCUACAGCACGUCUGCAAGCUGGAGGGACGACAGCCCUCAGCGUGGACAGAGAAGGCUGCCAGGCUACGUCAGGUCAUCAUGGACAUUGUCCCCAUUGACGUGCACUCCCCUCAGCCUCUGGCCCUUGACGUCCUUCCUUCAGCAGGGGCCGACUGUCUCGUGUCCUGCUACUGUCUGGAGAGUGCCAGCCCUGACCUGGCUGCCUUCACCAGGGCCCUGGGCAACAUUGGGAGGCUCCUACGUCCCGGUGGCCACCUCCUGCUCAUCGGAUCUCUGGGAAUGAGUUACUAUAAUGGGGCGCCUGGGCUAAAGAUCCCUACGAUUCCAGUGAAUGAGGCCCAGGUCUGUGCUAGUUUGAAGGAGAGCGGCUACACCCUGAUCAUGCUGGAGGUUUACACAUGGCCUCAGGACACAAUUGGGUUGAACGAUGACUCGUCUGGGGACUUUUUUGUAAAUGCAAUAAAGGAGUAAGUGUGAGAAAAGAGGAUAGAUAAAGGCUAUUAUAUAUUAGGCCGAGGUAAAUGCAAAGUGUAGCACAUUAAACAAUGAGAAAAUGGGCUACUGGUGAUGCUAAUUAUACUACUCACACAUAUUUGUUUUUUUGGGGAUGAGAGAAUGUUUUGAUUCUGAUCUUCAAUCAUUUCAAUUGUUUUCAAACUGACUCUUAAUGGAAAAAAUGCAAAGAAAAAAAACAUGUAAAUGAAAUAUUUCAU